UCUCUCUCUCUCUCUCUCUCUCUCCCUCCUCCAGCCAAGACGUGCUUCCUCGGCGGGACAUGGCAGGUGCUGCCGCCGGCUCUGAGUGCGCGCUGAGCGGCGUGUGGCUGUGCGGCUGAGCGGUGAGGUGGAAGAUGCUGCUGCGGCUCGUGGAAGUCCGCUCCUCGUCGUCAGUCUUCCCGCCUCCUGCGCGCGGAUUUACGCCGGACUCGCUCCUCCAGGAGGAUUUAAAGGAGGAUUUAAAGAAAUAAAUUGGGCAUCUUUUUUUGGGGGGGGGGAGAUACGGACUCGCCUCCUGCAUCCGCAGUGCGGCUGCAUGCGAAGUGACACCUGCAGGUGCAUGAUGCCCUCCAUCUCUAAAGAGGCUUGAUCUCGUGGACCGUGCCUCCUUCCCGCUCUUUGCCGCAGCCAUGACGUCCCACGCCGUGAGGACACGGACCUGCUUUUUCCUAUGCUGCUUCUUCUCCACAUUGGCGCCGCUUGUGACGCCGAAGACGGCGGCGCGAGCGUCGCAGGCCCACGGCUCGGCCUCCCAGGUCAUCACGGCGUCCAUCGAGGAGGAAGGGUACGCCUCGUUCCGCGCCGAGAACCCCGAGUGGACGUUUAACCAUUUGACGGUGGACUAUCGCAACGGCAACGUUUACCUGGGAGCCGUGAAUCGCAUCUAUAAACUGUCGCCCGGCUUGGAGGUGCAGGUGUCGCACCAAACCGGGCCGGACGAAGACAACCGCAAGUGCUACCCGCCCCGCAUCGUCCAACCGUGCAGCGAGCCCCUCACGCUCACCAACAACGUCAACAAGAUGCUGCUGAUGGACUACCGGGAAAACCGUCUCCUGGCGUGCGGCAGCCUCUACCAGGGCAUCUGCAAACUGCUGCGCCUGGACGACCUCUUCAAGCUCGGGGAGCCCUUCCACAAGAAGGAACACUACCUCUCCGGCGUCAACGAGAGCGGCUCUGUGUUUGGCGUCAUCGUCUCCUACGGCAACGCCUCCCCGGACAUGUUGUUUGUAGCCACGGCGGUGGACGGCAAGCCGGAGUACUUCCCCACCAUCUCCAGCCGCAAGCUGGCCAGGAACUCUGAGGAGGAUGGAAUGUUCGCCUACGUCUUUCACGAUGAGUUUGUGGCCUCCAUGAUUAAGAUCCCCUCAGACACCUUCACCGUCAUACCGGACUUUGACAUCUAUUACAUUUACGGCUUCGCCAGUGGAAACUUUGUCUACUUCUUGACGCUGCAGCCCGAAAUGGGGGGCGGCCCCACCACCGGGUCCUCCUCGGCCGGUAAAGAGCAGGUCUACACCUCCAAGAUAGUCCGCCUCUGCAAAGCAGACACCGCCUUCCACUCCUACGUGGAGGUGCCCAUCGGAUGCGUGAGCGGCAAUGUGGAUUACCGACUGCUGGAGGCGGCCUACCUGUCCAAAGCCGGCGCCAACUUGGCGCGCUCGCUGGACGUGGCGCCGGACGACGACGUGCUGUUCGCCGUGUUCUCCAAGGGACAGAAGAGGCGGCCGCGGCAGGAAUUCCAAGACUCGGCGUUGUGCGUCUUCUCCCUGCGGGAGAUCAAUGAAAAAAUCAAAGACAGGCUGCAGUCGUGCUACAGGGGCGAGGGCACCUUGGACCUGGCUUGGCUCAAGGUCAAAGAUAUUCCCUGCAGCAGUGCGCUCUUGACCAUCGACGACGACUUCUGCGGCCUGGACAUGAACGCACCGCUGGGCGUGUCGGAGAUGGUGCAAGGCAAGUCCCUCUUCUCGGACGCCAAUGACAAAAUGACCUCGGUGGUGGCCUACGUGUACAAGAACCACUCGCUGGUCUUCGUGGGCACCAAGAGCGGACGCGUGAAGAAGAUACGAGUGGACGGCUCCUCGCGGGCCCUGCAGUACGAGACGGUGCAGGCGGUGGAAAGCGGUCCUAUCCUGCGCGACAUGGCCUUCUCUUCCGACUACCACUACCUCUAUGUCAUGUCCGAGACCCAGCUUUCAAGGAUGCCCGUGGAAGCGUGUGGUCAGUACUCCACCUGCAGCGAAUGCCUCGGAUCGGGAGACCCUCACUGCGGCUGGUGUGUCCUGCACAACACGUGCACACGGAAGGAGAAAUGCGAGCGUUCGACGGAGCCUCGCCGCUUUGCGUCUGACAUCAAGCAGUGUGUGCGACUGAGCGUGCACCCCAACAACAUCUCCGUGUCCCAGUUCAGUGUGACGCUGGUCCUGGAAGCACACAAUGUGCCCGAACUGACCGCCGGGGUCAACUGCACCUUUGAGGACCUGGCGGAAAUGAGCGGCCUGGUGGAGGGGAACCGAAUCCGGUGUUUCUCUCCCGCCGAGAAGGAGAUGCCUCGCGUCGUCGUCGACAAAGGCGACCACCAGAUCGUGCAGCUCUAUCUCAAGUCCAAGGAGACCGGCCUGGCGUUCGCUAACACCAGUUUUGUCUUCUACAACUGCAGCGUCCACAAGUCGUGCUUGUCCUGCGUGAGCAGUCCUUACCAGUGCCACUGGUGCAAGUACAGACACGACUGCACACAUGACCCCAGGACUUGUUCCUUCCAGGAGGGACGAGUCAAGAAAGCUGAGGAGUGUCCCCAGCUGCUGCCAGCAGGCCGCGUCCUGGUCCCGGUCAACGUGGUGAAGCCCAUCACCCUGCGGGCCAAGAACCUCCCCCAGCCUCAGUCGGGUCAGCGCGGCUACGAGUGCCUGCUGACCAUCCAAGGCAACGAGCACCGCGUCCCCGCCCUCCGCUUCAACAGCUCCUCGGUGCAGUGUCAGAACACAUCGUACUUCUACGACGGGAUGGAGAUGAGCAGCCUUCCUGUGGAGCUGACCGUCAUCUGGAACGGAGACUUCAGUAUCGACAACCCCGCCCACAACAAAGUCCACCUGUACAAGUGCGACGCCCAGCGCGGGAGCUGCGGACUUUGCCUGAAGGCCGACCCACUGUUUGGCUGCGUGUGGUGCAAAGGAGAGAACCGCUGCACCCUCAAGCAACACUGCCCGCACCCCGAGAACCAGUGGCUGGAGCACAACGGCAUCAACAGCAAGUGCACGGACCCCCGAAUCACUCAGGUUACACCCCUGCGAGGUCCCAGGGAAGGCGGGACGCUGGUGACCAUCCGCGGUGAGAACUUGGGCCUGGAGUUCCGCGAGAUCCAGGCCAACGUGAAGGUGGCGGAGGUGGAGUGCACGCCCAUCCGUGACGGUUACAUCCCAGCAGAACAGAUCGUGUGUGAGAUGGGUCGAGCCGAGAUGAGCCAGUACACAGGACACGUGCAGGUGUGCAUCGGCGUGGGCGAGUGCAGGCCGGAAUUCACGGCCAAAUCAUACAAGUAUUAUUACUUUGUGGGUCCGAAGAUCGGAAGCAUCAAGCCCAACAGGGGGCCCGUCUCUGGGGGGACGGUGGUCACAAUCGCUGGCGCCAACCUGGACGCCGGCAGCAAUGUGUCCGUCAUGUUUAAGGACCAGCCGUGCACUUUGCUCAAACGCGGCGGCCUGUGGCUGAAGUGCCGCACCCAUGCGUCUCUGCACGGCUACGGAAACGUGUCCGUGUCGGUGAGCAUCGACAAAGCUCAGCUUCAGAAAGACCUUCGUUACGUGUACGUAGAGGACCCCACCGUCACCAAGAUAGAGCCCGAGUGGAGCAUCUACAGCGGACACACCCCAGUGACAGUGACAGGAACCAACUUGGACAUCAUCCAAACGCCUCUCAUCAGAGCCAAAUACAACAAUCACGAGACGCUCAAUUUAUGUCAGGUCCUAAGUCCGACGUCCAUGCAGUGCCAGGCCCCUGAGCUCCCCAUCAGCUUGGCCCACCAGCAGGAGGUGCCAGAGAGGCCCGACGAGUUCGGCUUCAAGCUGGACGACGUGCAGGCGGUCAUGGCGCUCAACAACACCAACUUCAUCUACUACCCCAACCCCGAGUUUGAGCCUCUGAGCGCGUCCGGAGAACUGGAGCUGAAACCCGGAUCUCCCAUCAUACUGAAGGGACGGAACUUCCUCCCGCCAACCAACAGUGGGAACGGCAAAAUGAACUACACUGUUCUUAUCGGAGAGAAGCCCUGCAUGUUGACAGUGUCUGAGACGCAGCUGCUGUGUGAGUCGCCAAACCUGACAGGUCGACACAAAGUUCUGGCUCGCGUGGGCGGCAUCGAGUUCUCCCCCGGCGAGGUCCACAUCACGUCGGACAGCCCGCUCAGCAGCACGGCCAUCAUCGGCAUCGCGGCGGCCGGCGCCCUGCUCCUCCUCGCCAUUGUCAUGGUGCUCAUCGCCUACAAGCGCAAGUCUCGUGAGAGCGACUUGACACUGAAGAGGCUCCAGAUGCAGAUGGACAACUUGGAGUCGCGGGUGGCGCUGGAGUGCAAGGAAGCUUUUGCAGAGCUACAAACGGACAUCCAUGAGUUGACCAGCGACUUGGACGGUGUAGGAAUCCCCUUCUUGGACUACAGGACAUACACCAUGAGGGUCCUUUUCCCCGGCAUUGAGGAGCAUCCUGUUCUGCGAGACUUGGAGGUGCCAGGCUACCGUCAGGAUCAAGUUGAAAAAGGCCUGAAGCUCUUUGGUCAGCUGAUCAACAACAAAGUCUACCUGCUGUGUUUCAUUCGCACGCUGGAAGCCCAACGAGGUUUUUCUAUGCGUGACCGCGGCAACGUGGCCUCGCUCAUCAUGACGGUGCUGCAGAGCAAGCUGGAGUACGCCACCGACGUCCUCAAGCACCUGCUGUCCGACCUCAUCGACCGCAACCUGGAGAGCAAAAACCACCCCAAGCUGCUGCUGCGCAGGACGGAGUCUGUGGCGGAGAAAAUGCUGACCAACUGGUUCACCUUUCUGCUCUACAAGUUCCUCAAGGAGUGUGCGGGGGAGCCGCUCUUCUCGCUCUUCUGCGCCAUCAAGCAGCAGAUGGAGAAAGGGCCUAUCGACUCCAUCACGGGAGAAGCACGUUAUUCUCUCAGCGAGGACAAGCUCAUCAGACAACAGAUCGACUACAAGACGCUGGUGGUAAACUGCAUCCACCCUGAGAACGAGAAGAGCCCAGAGAUCCAAGUGAAGGUGCUUAACUGUGACACCAUCAGUCAGGUGAAGGAGAAGAUCCUGGACGCCAUCUACAAGAACGUGCCGCACUCGCAUCGCCUCAAGGCCUCAGACAUGGACCUGGAGUGGCGUCAAGGACGAGGACAGCGUGUCAUCUUGCAGGAUGAGGACGUCACCACCAAGAUCGAAGGCGACUGGAAGAGGCUGAACAUGCUCGCCCACUAUCAGGUGCCCGACAACGCAGUGAUGGCCCUGGUCCCCAAGCAAGUAACGGCCUACAACUCGGUCAACAACUCCACCGUGUCCCGAACGUCUGCCAGUAAAUACGAAAACAUGAUCAAGUACACGGGCAGCCCAGACAGCCUUCGCUCGCGGACGCCCAUGAUCACGCCCGACUUGGAGAGCGGCGUGAAGGUGUGGCACCUGGUCAAGAACCACGAGCACGGCGACCAGAAGGAGGGCGACCGCGGCAGCAAGAUGGUGUCCGAAAUCUACUUGACCAGACUCCUGGCCACCAAGGGAACGCUGCAGAAGUUUGUGGACGACCUUUUCGAGACCAUCUUCAGCACGGCGCACAGGGGCAGUGCCCUGCCGCUCGCCAUCAAGUACAUGUUCGACUUCCUGGACGAGCAGGCCGACAAACACAGCAUUCAUGACCCGCACGUGCGACACACGUGGAAGAGCAACUGCCUACCUCUGCGUUUCUGGGUGAACGUGAUCAAGAACCCUCAGUUUGUCUUCGACAUCCACAAGAGCAGCAUCACCGACGCCUGCCUGUCCGUGGUGGCUCAGACCUUCAUGGACUCCUGCUCCACCUCGGAGCACCGCCUUGGGAAGGACUCGCCCUCCAACAAGCUGCUGUACGCCAAGGACAUCCCCAGUUACAAGAGCUGGGUGGAGAGGUACUACUCUGACAUCAACAAGAUGCCGGCCAUCAGCGACCAGGACAUGAACGCCUACUUGGCCGAGCAGUCGCGCAUGCACAUGAACGAGUUCAACAGCAUGAGUUCCCUGAGCGAGAUCUACUCCUACGUGGGAAAAUACACGGAGGAGAUUGUUUGUGCGCUGGAGCAGGACGACGCCGCCAGGAAACAACGGCUGGCCUUCAAACUGGAACAGGUGGUGGCCUUCAUGACGCUGGAGAGCUGAGGACCGCACUUCCCAGCAUGCACUGGGAAGAAGACCCCCGAGUAGAAGAAGACCCCGCCCCCCCCCCCCCUUUAUCCCUGCUCCACACACUUGUCCUAAAAACCGAGCCGUGCCUGAGCGAAAACCUGUUCCUGUUGUUUUUCUGCUUCCUUACUUGUUUUCCCUGCUGCUGCCCCCUACUGGACACUUUUUACGUUGCCUUCGAGGAUUUGCACUGGUGGCAGGCGAGCCAAACCAGAAGUUUACACUGAGCAAACACGCGGGCCUGAGAAUGUUCCGCAACCUUCCACAGCUGGAUUUUGCAUUCAGACCAAGGGUGCGUUCAGGCGCCUGGUGUUUGCCGGUUAAAAGGAACGCUGAUGAGUUGGAGCAAACGAACGCACCCGCCUGAGUACUUCCUUUUAACACUCGGGUGUCCAAAGCAAGGACAUAUUCCAAUCACUAAGUCUAACAACAAAACCUUACAGAUGAUUUUCCUACGGCCCACUUCUUCUAUACUGUAAAAGAAAAUGGUAAAGCAGCUCACUCGCCAGAAUUUUACGGUGUUUUUAUAUACAGAAUUACAGUAAAUUGGAAAAUACUACAUUGCUAUUUUUACAGUAAAAUUCUGAGGACUGGGAUUGUUUUUACAGUGCAUUACUGUAAAUGGAGAGACACUUCCACUCUUAUUUGUAUCCUAAUAACUGACAUGUUUACAGUAUAAUUCACUUUAGGUGCAUCGUCUGGGUUAAUGUACCAUUUGGUUUUUCAUCUGAAACUGAUUACCGUAUUUUUCGGACUAUAAGUCGCAGUUUUUUUUCAUAGUUUGGCCGGGCUCCAGUGUGACUUAUAUAUGUUUUUUUCCUUCUUUAUUAUGCAUUUUCGGCAGGUGCGACUUAUACUCCGAAAAAUACGGUACUAACAAAACAGAGUACUCCUGUAUUUUUACCGACAUUGCAUUUCUUUUAGCAUGUAAGUACAGUUUGACCUCCGUUUUUGUCCGUAAUCUGUUUCACAACGUCCGAUGAGAACUGAAUUGUGCGAAAACCGGAGCGAUUUUUUCCCACUGAAUCCAAUCCAGACACCCAAAAAACAUCAAAACAAAACGUUUAAUAGAGAAUAAUCUGACUGUCGUGAUGCGUGCAGGGUCAAAUGGAUUAAUGAACUGCAUCACUUCAUCUAACAGUGGAAAAAAAAAAAAAUUCUUGUCGUUUUUACAGUAAAAAAAAAAAAAAAAAUGGCAUUUUGAUGUAAAAUUUUGGCGACUGAGCUGUCGUCUUUUUUACAGUAAAGACUCUCGUUGGCAAAGAAGGUGAGGAACAGAUGAGGGAAUAUGAGGGGAGGUAUUGUAUUUUUCGGACCAUAGGGCGCACCGGAUUAUAAGGCACACUGCCGAUGAGCGGGUCUAUUUUCAUGCAAAAGGCACACCAGAUUAUAAGGCGCAUCAAAUGUGUCAUUUUAUCAUUUUUUUGUUUCUCCAUGUAAAACACUUCCUUGUGGUCUACAUAGCAUGCAAUGCUGGGUCUUAGGUCAAAAUAUUGCAUAGGUGAUGUUUUACACACCAUCUUCAAAGACGCUUUCCGACCGUCUCUUCAAGAUGCGCCGUUUUGUGGGCCGUCUUAUUUACGUGCCUCCACUUCGACAGCGUCUUAUAUCUUUGUUGUAUUUUUUUGCGCUUCCAUAGCGAGUCUACUGACAGAUAUAAGGGAGAAUUGUACGGCACUUUAUAUUAGACAUGGCGACAGCGGAGGAUGAAUGCCCCACAACACGAGGAUAGAGGAAAAAAGAAGGAGCUUAUUGAGUACUGCUCGGACUACAAUUCAGAUCCCAAAUGCACAUCAGCAGGUACCAAUCGGAAAGAAAAGUUGGUUUUGCAUAAUAUUGCAAAACAAAACAAUAUGCCUCCUAAUAGGUGCCAUUUUGGGGUAUUUACACACACCAUAAUAAUACUUGUAUGUUGAAGCACAGUACGUCUGACUACUAUCCAUUAAGCGGUGCGGCUUUGUAGUUUCCCAAAGUCGUAAUCAAAUAUUUUGACCGAUUUUUGAACGCCGUGUGUAACGUUCUAUAUUCUCAGUGAAUGUUUUGGUGUUGCUUGCUUACGGGUACUUGCUCAUUUAUUGAACAGGCUUCAACCUACAGUCCACACAUAUCUCUUAUGUGUGACCGCCAUCUACUGCUCACAGUUAUUAUCACACCAUGUACCAAAUAAAAUUGCUCCAAAGCCAGAAUGAAUACAGACAUUAGGCGCACUGUCCCAUUUUUAGUGUGCAUUAUAGUCCGUAAAAUACGGUACUUUUGUACUUUGUGUUCUUUCUUGACUUCAAUAGUGUUUCUCACCUUCUUUAUCAAAGAUUUCUUUGACCCCCUCGGUGGCUUAUUUUGCAGUCGUGCUAACGCGUGGGGUUCUUUGGGCACUCGAUUCCACAGGAUGAUACGCAGGCAGACUAGUUUCCUCCAAAAGUGAGUCAUAUGAAAAGUGGGGCGUAGGAAAACCGAGGUAUGUCAAAGAAGUGUUGUGUGUCCUGUUUUGAACCCAAACAAAGUGUGAACGCACCCUUGGAGAGUAAGAAGGGCUCAGGAGGGACAAACUGCCCAGCGCACUUUGAUUAUUAGCAUUAGCAUCCCUGCUUCCGUUUGGCUUACAUGGCUCGCUAUUAAGACAAAAAAAAAAGUGGACUCCCUCUCAGAAGCACACUGUGGAACAAACAACAUGCACAGACGCGCACAACAACAACAACGACAACAAGAAGGGGGUAAAAAGCACCGACGCCCCGGGAUGUUCUUACUUGUGUGGACUUUUUAAAAGUUGCUCAGCCUAAAAACCAAAGGAGCUUGAUGACAUUUUCACAAAACAAACAAACAAACAAACAAAAAAAGUGCCAGCGAGGAAAAAUCUAAAAAGAAAAAACUUUUGUCUUCUUCAUUGUGACGGGAAGCUGUGUGAUACUUUCUGACCUCAGUUUGUGGAGACGCUCCUCCUGGUUCCUGUUUUUGCACAAGCAGAUGGAGUGUAGCUGCAGACAAAGACGAGGAGGAGGGACGAGAACAUUAAGACUUUUUGGAUGUGAAAGACCACUUUCUACCCUCUGCCCUUUUCUUUGCCUUGACAACGUGCCCCGUGUGGUGAUAUGUGAAUGUGAACGAGCGGCCCACCUCGGCUCCUUUUAUUGGCUUUUUUUAAGCGCAUGUAAAACCAUUUAACUUAUUUAAGGGGAAAAAAUGAAGAAAAACAAGCCUUGCGAAGAUGAUGAUGUGCUUUUUUGACUUUAUUUUGCUUGACAGACUGGAGAGCGAGAAAGUGGGGGAACUUCUAGUGAUUGUUUUAAGGUGGAACCUUUAUUCAUUCUGCAGAAGCCUAACGACAACAAACGCUUGGAUAAAAAAAACGCUUGAACUUUCAUUUGCGAGCAUUUGCUGUGUUGUCCUCCUCAGAAACACUCCACAUAUCAAAGACGUGCACGCGGCUGUGCUAAUUAGCGGCGCCUUCCAUGUAGCUGAGGUCAACAUUGUGUCCGAGUCCUGUGACCACGUGCAGUAUCUUCCUUUGCGUGCACAGAUAAAGUUUCCACCUUAAAAAAAAAAAAUUUUAUAGGAACUGAAAAAACGUCCUGGUAGCACAGUAUUAUUAGCAAACAUGUUAAAAAAAUACCUUUAGUAGACCAUAUUUGAAAGAGUAUCUUAUCAAGAGGGUAAAAGAAAAACAGCCCAGGGGGAUAAAAGGUGAGCUUCUCUAACUUUGUUAUAAUUCAUUGUAUACCUGUGUAUGUAAAUAUAAUGCAUUCCUAUUUUGCAGUCCAGAACAAAAUACUAUUUGUAAUAUAGAAUAAACUUUAUU